AAUACGGCACGAGAAGAAAGGCGGUGCAUGGUGUCCCCGUCGUCAGAUCGAAGAGAACGUCUACGAGUACUUACAGAUAGACUUGGGCAAGUUGAAGGUCAUUACCAAGGUUGAGACACAAGGUCGUUUUGGUAACGGGCAGGGUAAAGAGUUUGUUACAAAUUACCUUUUGGAGUAUCAACGAGAAGAUGAAGGGACUUGGUUUAGAUACAGAAACAGGAACUCUGAGGAGAAAUUCAAAGGCAACAGAAAUGUCUAUCUGGCUGACAUGAGAGAAGUGGAUCCACCAAUCAUUGCCAAGAGAAUACGGUUUAUUCCCUACAGUGAGAGUCCCCGGACCGUCUGUAUGAGGGUGGAGAUGUACGGGUGUACAUGGAAUGAUUCUCUUGUGUCCUACUCAAUGCCACAAGGUCAUCGUCGUGGAGCUGAAGUUGACCUUUUCGAUUUCACUUAUGAUGGGACUAUUGAGGAUAAGUACCUGCGAGAUGGCCUGGGACAGCUGACGGAUGGAGAUGUUGGGGAGACAAACUUUCGACUCGACACUAAGAAGAUGGGCAUCAAAGGAUACGAAUGGGUCGGCUGGAAAAACGAUUCCUUGACCAACGAUCCAAUUUCCAUUUUAUUCAAGUUUGAUUCUGUUCGAAAUUUUUCUCAAGUGGUCAUACAUUCCAACAAUCACUACACCAAGGAUGUGCGCAUUUUUCGACAUGCAGAAAUCUUCUACAGCAUCGGGGGCCUGUACUUUCCCCCUCAAAGCACCAAAGUCAACUUUCAGCAGGACGACUACUUUGAGAAUGCUCGACCAGUUUUCCUGAGAAUGCAAAAUAAAAUUGGAAGAUACGUGCGAAUUGAUCUGUACUUUCAGGCAAAAUGGAUCAUGAUUAGCGAGGUUUCCUUCACUUCAACUGAAGCAGUUGGUAACUUCACAGAGGAGAUACCGCCUCCAACAACACCAGCCCCGCCGACCACGACCACCAUGAAAAAAGAGAGCAUCUUCAAUGCCUUCAGCGUGGACACUAAUGUCAAACCAGACGGCCAGGAAACUGCUGCUGAUGCCGGAUCUGAGGGAGCAGGAAACUUCGACGUGGGCGGAGAUCAACCAGCAGAGGUGGAGCUAGAGGACACUGAUGUUGCUAAUGGCAUUUCCAAUUCGCCUGAUGUUCCUUUAACUGAGAAGGAGAACAAAGAAUACGAUGAUGAGUACAUCAGCAUCAUCGUUGGGGCACUUGCUGCUCUUAUCUUUCUUCUCAUCUGUGUCGUCCUCAUCUUCUUUUGCCGACACAAGAGAAGGAAAAACAAUAACAAUAGAAACAGCCACAAACCUGUUAAUGGCAGCCAUAUUACCAUAAAUCUAAAUGACCUUCGAACAGCAACGAAUGGCAAAGUAUCUAACGGCAACAUGUACAACAGUAUUGCAACAGACGAGGCGGAUUCCGAUCGAGAAGCUGGUGGUUGUUGCAACAGUGCAGGAGCAGGAAGUGAAAAAUUUGCAUGGUCGGAGGUUAGAGAUUAUGCAGUCCCCGACAUUACCAAAUCUGCCCUGGUGGUGGACCUGCCGCCCCGAGUAUCAUCGCCCAAUCAAAUCACUGGCGGGGACAAACCUCCCAACUAUGAUGCCCUCUAUGCGGCAGCAGACAUUGUCAACGUCCAUGGCACUAGCAUUCCCAGCAUGCAAGGUGUCAGUGGAAAUAACGUCUACUCUGUACCGAAUGCCGAGUUGUUGUGUAGCAUUGACUACUCAAUAAUGGAGCUGCAGAGAGAGGAUUUGAGAUUUGUUGAGGUUCUGGGUGAAGGACAGUUUGGAGAGGUUCACCUGUGCGAAGCCCUCCACCCAGAUGAUCUUAUGGUGGAUGAGUACCUACUCAACCGCUCCUUGCCCCGGACUCCUCUUCUAGUUGCUGUCAAGAUGCUCAGACCUAAUGCUGAUGACAGAGCAAGGGCUGACUUUCAUAAAGAAAUCAAAAUCAUGUCUCAGCUGAAGGACAUCAACAUUGUUCGUGUCCUUGGAGUCAGCACACAAGAAGAGCCCUUGUGUAUGGUGGUGGAGUAUAUGAAGUAUGGAGAUUUAAACCGAUUCCUUAUCGACCAUGAGCCAGAAGGUCCACUGGCUCCACCUGGAAAAACUUUGAGGCAAGUGGUUUUCUGUGGUUACGGUUGUCUGAUCUACAUGGCUUCUCAAAUUUCAUCGGGUAUGAAGUAUUUAGAAUCACUGAACAUGGUUCACCGUGACUUGGCCACCAGGAAUUGCCUGGUCGGACACCACUUCCUCAUCAAGAUUUCAGACUUUGGCAUGAGCCGUAGCUUGUACAGCUCUGACUACUACAGAAUCGAAGGGAGGGCUGUGCUGCCCAUCAGAUGGAUGGCAUGGGAGAGUAUUUUACUGGGAAAAUUCACCACCAAAAGUGAUGUGUGGUCAUUUGCUGUCACUCUGUGGGAGGUUCUGACAUUUGCUCGUGAGCAGCCAUUCAUCUCUCUCACUGACGAACAAGUCAUCGAAAACGCUGGUCACUGUUACCGGGACGACCAUCUGCAGGCUGUGCUGCCCAUGCCGGUCAACUGCCCAAAAGAGAUCUACGACCUGAUGUGUGAGUGCUGGAAUCGCCAAGAAAGUGUGCGACCAACUUUCAGGGAGGUGCAUAUGUUUUUACAGAGAAAAAACAUGGGUUACAACCCAGCAGAUGAGAAACUGAGUCAAAUAACCAUUCCAAUUUGCUGA